AUGAGGGUGUACGACGAGAACGCCGCACCGACCAACGUCGUCGCUGCCGAGGCCCCGGCCCCGGCGCGCAAGAUCCGCCGCCGGCGCAAGAGCGGCGUCGGCAGCCUCAAGUUUGCCGGCGACGCCGACCCGGCUGACCGCGAGGCGUCGCUCACUGAGGAGCUUGAGGCGGCGCACGACGAGAUCCGGCAGCUGCAGUUCAACUUGGCCAACGCGGAGGAGGACAACCUCACGCUGCUCCGCCUCAACUCCGAGCUCGAGGCGCAGCUCGCCGACGCUGGUAAGCUGGCCGCCGAGCAGCUCGAGCGAAUCCUAGCGCUCGAGGCCGCCGAGAGGAGUGCGACUAGGGCCGAGCUCGCGCGGCAAGGGCGUGCGGCGGCGCUGCACGACUCACUGAUCGACCUCGACGCCGUCGGCAGCGCCGCCGAGCAAGACACCACCGCGCAAGACGCCGCCGCGCAAGACGCCGCCGCGCCGCCACCGCCGCCAGCAGAAGCUCCGCCGCCGCCGCCGCCGGCUGCAGCCGCCGAGGCGCCCGAGGCGCCGCUCGCGACGUACGGUGGCGGCAGCUACGCGUCGGUG